AUGGACCAGUGGAUCACGUAUCAAUAUCCCGACGGGUACAGCUACUACACCAAUAACAAUAAUUGCAAUUACAACAGUUACGGUUACGACUAUAACCAUGCCGGCUACCGGUAUCCCGAGGCCACGAACGGCGCAACAGACUCGGCAAACAACAAACAACAGCACUCACAGCCCGCUGCCGUUGCAGUGCAACCCAAGCCGGAACAAAAGCCCGUGGAAUGUAACCUGUGCCAUCGAAAGUUUAAAAACGUACCAGCUCUAAAUGGACACAUGAGGCUGCAUGGAGGAUACUUCAAAAAGGAAACUGAUUCAAAAAAAUGGGAAAAAAAAGAAGCAUCGGGUCCACCUCUGCAGACUGCCAGCAUGAGUGUCAGGGCUCUGAUCGAAGAAAAAAUCAUACAAAAAAGGACCACGAAACCAAAUUGUUCAACUCAAAAUGGACUAACAUAUUCAAACUUGAGCCGCGAGAAGGAAACCGUGGUGCAGCAAGUGGUGAGCAGAAGCACGGCGGUGCACGCGGUGAUGACCACUAGCGGUACGUCGUUCGCGGUGCCAGCGGUUCCAAACACCGCUUCGGUGGUGGACACGACGGUGGGCUUGGCAGACUCCACUGCCGUUGUGUACACUGACGUAAUACUCAAAAAGACCGGAGUGAAGAGGGCGUGCUCGGAUCCGGGAUAUCAGUUCAGUCACAGCAGCACCAGCCCGCAAAUAGAUAUUAAUUACUCCGGUUCACCGUACACACUGAAUCACGGAAACGGCGGCGGCGAAAAGGAAACCGAUAACCGGGACUAUUAUUCGCCGGGACUCAACGACGAUAUAUUUCCCAACGUACAAGCCGAAACCAUGCUCUUGCAGGCCGUCGACUCGGUGCAGCUGGCCAACACGAUACAGGCUACGGAUAUGCAAGACAUGUCAUGUUUAGAUGAUUAUGACGGUAUGACCGAUCUUCAAAACAACGAAGACUUCCAAGCCGUGUUAAAUUCUCCACUCUCGGCCAGCUUGGCUGAUCUAGCAUAUAGUUCAGGGCAAACCAUGUUUACAGAUCUAGGUAGAUCACCUCUUCCAUCUCCAAGUUUUACCUACCCUACUCCACCGGCUAGUCAAGAGGGUCAAUCUCCUUCGCUAAAUUUUCAUUCGGUUAUGUCAAAUGGUCAUCUUGGGGACUUUUUUUAUUCAUCUGACAUGUCAAGUUCAGAAGCUGUUGAAGCAGCUUUAAGUGAAGUGUUGCCAAAUUUCGAGUCUUCUACAGAUUCGCCUUUAUCAGCCAAUACACCAGUAUCAUCGCCGAUGUCAAUACAUAAUUCAUCCGCUGCACAGUCACCAUUACCUAACCACCAUCAACACACGCUACAGGUAAUGAUGCCAAAUUCAGAAGACCCGUUAUUAUCCAGCAACCCUAAAGAAUUUAGGAAGAAAUUCGAUUACCAAACAUGUCGCUUAUACGGGGUCAAUGGAACCAUGGCCCAAGUAAUUGAUGGCAGUCAGUUUUUAAUCGACAAAAAUGGAGAUUUGAAAUUAGUCCAAGCCAGUUACCAAAAUCCUGGAACCAUGUUCGUCCAAACAGAAGCCCAGUUGAUCGAAAAACAUAUACCAGUUAUCAAACAACAAAAACCAGACAAUAACCAAAACUUUGAAGAUUUAGAUGACAUUUUCCUUAAUCCAUCAAGUAUUCCACCAAAUAUUACACAUCGAUUAAACAGAAAACGCUGUUUUGGAGAAACUAUUACGUACAAACCGUUCCGAUCCAGAUUACGCAGUCAUAGACUCGGGAUGUUAAAUGAACCAACUUUGCAAUUUACUCCGAAACCUAUGUUGAGUCCUUCUAGAAAUGGAAGAGGUCUUUAUUGGCAAGCAGUGACUUCGUGGCCAAGCUCUUCGACUGUCAAAGAAAUUAUUGUUGAAGAUUGUGUAGGACUAGAUUCACCACCAGAAUGUGAUGUACUACCGCACAUUAAUCUUGGUCCAAAUUUCCAAGCUAUAAUACCACCAUUAAGCAAAACCAGACCGAUUCGAGAGCCGUCUACUGAUUAUUUAUUAUGGGACCCUUGUAUUACAAGUUCAGUUUCUGAUCGAGAAGUCGAAAUGUACAUGGACUUUGCAUGCUGUGCUGCAGUACCAGGUGGUGGAAGAAACAAAGAAUAUGCUUUACAUUUGCUACAUCUCUGCAAAGGAAACGUUCAAGAAGCAAUGUUAAAGUUGAUGCAACCAACGCCGUAUCUCCCACAAGGACAUCCUUUGAUGAAAUUUGAAUACACGGAAUCUGAUCACUGGACACCAAAUGAAGUAUCGAUGUUUCACAAAGCUAUAUUCAAAUAUGACAAGGAUUUUGCAUUUAUUUCGAAAGAGUUGGGUACGAAGACUAUGAAACAAUGCAUACAGUUUUAUUAUUUGUGGAAAAAAGUUUGCCCGGAAGAUUAUAAACAGUUUCAAUUCCAAAGACGAAAGUCGAGGAAUGAAGAUGCAAUGGUUAAUCCGAAAUUAGACAUUCCUGCUAACGACAGUUCGGAGGACCAACAAACUUUCGUUUGCGAAUUCUCAGACUGUUUGUCGACAUUCAGUAAUAAAAUAGGAUUAGCAGCUCAUAUGAGGCUACACACUAACGGAACACCAGAUCGAAGGCAAACCCUGACACCAACACAUAUUGAUCCGAAUUAUGAAGAAUUUCCUUGCAAGAUCUGUGGAAAGAUAUUUACCAAAGUGAAGAGUCGAAGUGCCCAUAUGAAAUCGCACCGACCUCCUGACGCUGAACCAAAGAAACCAAAAUUGGACCAAAAUGUCGACUACGGUCAAAUGAUGCAACUCAAGACGGUCGCAACGCCAAUUCAAUUACAUAGACAAUGCUAA